AUGCCUUCCGACGCCGGUUAUUCACGCACGCCGAACAAAAACAACCCCUUCGUCGUCGGCGAUGUCAAAUUCGAGCCCGUCUCUCCACCGGCCACUGCCCCGACCGCACCCGCCCUCGUCGGAAACGGAGGGGUCCCCGUCGACGUCGUGCUCGCCUCCUUCCCUGCGUCCUCGACCUCUCCCAGCGGCCGCGCCCGCGCCUCCCUGCCCAUCCAGCCUCGCUCUCCUCCCGCCGAGAAACCCCUCCCGCAGACACCCUUCAAGAGCGCCUUGACGCACGGGGCGAGGACCCCCCUGCCUCGGGCCACGUCAUCCUUCGACGAGUACCCCUUCGUCUCGAACGACCCCUUCGCCUCCAUCGAUGGCACGCAGGACUCGGGCAAGAAGCUCCUCAAGGACAAGCCGCGCUCCCUCCGACCGCGCCGCAAGAGCUUCUUCAGCCUCCGUCGCCCCUCCGCGGACGUCAACGGCGAGGCUACCCCGCCCGUGCCGCCUUCGCCCUCGGGACCGACUGCAAAGGCAAACCUCAGCUGGAGCAGCGAGGAAACGCUUCCGCUGGCGGGGAGCGCCGGCGGCGGAGUGCAAGUCGUGGGCGUGUCGGCGAGCGCGGGGAUGAAGGGGAAAGGGAAAUCGCGGCGACCGCCGCCGCCGCCGCCGCCGAUUAUCGUCGCAAGAUUCAAGAAACCGACUCUUACAGUUGCGAUCCCCGGUCUAGACCUAGAAAACCCCACUCUGAACAGCAGCGACAGGCAUCCACUCCGGCUCCGCCAUGAGAAGGGGUUCCACAUCUGCGUACUCGAACCCUGUGUCAUCAAGUUGCCCCGAGACCACUGCAGCAGACGACCACCCGAGACGGUCCACUUGCUCCGCCACCUCUCCCAGCGCAGCCAUCCCCCGUACACGGUGCCCAUGUGGACGUUCUUUUCCACCACGGACACCUUGGACUUCAUCGAUUCCCCUGUCGACCAAGCUGCUACAUCCGCGACGGGGAAAUACGUUCCCCUGCCGCCCUUAGCUCUGGUCCCUCCAGUCCCUCAGGGUGCCUCUACCCCCGAAGCACUCGCUAAAGCCGAGACCAAGGACACCGCCAAGCGCGACCAUGAGCUGCUCAGGAAGGAGCUCGCCACGGAGCGUAAGGAGCGCAAGGAGGAGUACGAGGAGCUCAAGAAGGACGUCGCGGAGCUCAAGAAGGACGUCGCGGAGAUUAAGAAUAACGUCGCGGGGAUCAAGAAGGACGUCGAGAGGCUCAAUAACAAGGUCGAGGAGUUCGCCGGGCUCCUGAAGGAGUUCAAGGAGGAGUUCGCUGGGGUGAACGAUCGCCUUGACAGGCUCCUGUUUAUCCUGCAGAACGAAGCUGGCGGCGUCCGCUUGGAGCGACUGUAA